AGUACCAGGAACUGGUGAAGCCCUGUGGCUCUGCUUCAGAAUUCAAACCGUGGCUGAGCCUUCAGGACAGCUUAGGAAGGAGAAGGUAUGACGACUCCGAUAGCUUUGCAUUUUAGGAGCUAAGGGCUUGUGAUUUCUCCUUUAACUACUAGUUCAGAAAUGAAAUUCCUACUUCCUAGAGCCCUGGAAGGCUGAAUCACAGCCCAUGAAAAUAUGUAUAUCCUAGUCCCCAGAGCAUGUCACCCUGUGGAGACAACACGAGAAGUGUUCAGCGUUAAAUAAGUGUAGACACAUCUCCUCACAGAGGCGUGAGUGCUGAGUUUACGGAUGUUCGGUUAGGGUUUGAGUCGGUGGCCCAGCAGUUCAUGCUGCAUGCUCCUGCAGCCUGUGAGGGUGCAAGACCGUCACUGUCUUUUCUUGGCCGCUGGCCUGCAUGGCACCUGUCAGCACUGUGAGAAUUACCCACCAGAGAGCGAGUUUUCAGAGCCCUGUAGGAUGGGAAUAAGGAACAGACACAACACAGCAGCUCGCUUUUGUGAACUUCCGAGUACAUCACAGUCACGAGGAACUUGGCUAGGGUUGCAAGGUCUGAGGGUAAGAAGUGAAAAGUGGGCUAUGCCCUUGGGUGCUUGUUAUUGUUAUGUAAGAACAGGCUAAGGCCUUACCUCAGAGGCACAAUGCCUGCCUAGCGUGCUUGUGGCCCCCACCCCCUCUCUCCCCUGUUACACAUGCUUCCUUCACCAUCUUCCUCUUUGGUGAAUGUUGCUGAAGUAGAAACUGGCAUUAGAGACUGGACCAUCACAGCUCCCCUCCCUCCCUCGGCCUCAGUAGCCUUACCUGUUCAGCCAGAUGUGUUUUGGUCUCACCAUCUCCCGGUUGGAGGUUCUAGCCUUGGCAGAAGAAGGACCUGGAAUCCUGCUGCUUUCGUCUCUGGGAUACUGAAGCAGAGAGCCACACAUCCACACAGCCCAGGCAGGCAGCCGGCCCUUCUCAGCCUCAUCUGUCCAGCAUCCCAGAACAGCAUCCUAGCUGGUGGGCAGAGGGCUGAAGUCAACACAGCCCGGAGAGUCAGGAGCAUCCCUGCUGGAGACAGGAACCUGCACCCCCAGGACAUUUUUCUCUGGACCCGUGGUACCAGUGGCUCAACACCAGCGCCUGAGAUUGGUGACCCAAAAGGGACAGACUUGGGAAAGUGUCCCCCUGAAAGAUAACACUGUACCUCCCUGGUGUACGUGUCAGAAGAGAACUGAAGGCUCAGACGCCACCUCUCCAAGGCUCAGUCCCCAUCCACCCCCGGCCCCUGGAACGUGGAAUCUUCGAACAAAGGUGAAUUUGAGGAUUAGAAGACAGAUGGAUAGAAAACGCCCGGCCCUCAGCCGUACCUAAUAAACGCUCCCUAAACGGUGUCUAUCAUUACGCUGGGCUGGCAUGAUGCGUGUGGCCGUGGUUGGAGCGGGAGUCAUCGGACUGUCCACAGCCCUCUGCAUUCACGAGCGGUACCACCCGACACGCCCGCUGGACAUGAAGGUCUAUGCGGAUCGCUUCACGCCACUGACCACGAGCGAUGUGGCUGCUGGCUUCUGGCAGCCUUACCUCUCCGACCCCAGCAACCCGCAGGAGGUGGAGUGGAACCAGCAAACUUUCGACUACAUGCUGAGCCACCUCCAUUCUCCAAACGCUGAGAAAAUGGGCCUGGCCCUGAUCUCCGGCUACAACCUCUUCCGAGAUGAAGUUCCGGACCCUUUCUGGAAAAACACAGUUCUGGGAUUCCGGAAACUGACCCCCAGAGAGAUGGACAUGUUCCCCGAUUAUGGCUAUGGCUGGUUCAACACAAGCCUCCUUCUAGAGGGAAAGAGCUACCUACCAUGGCUGACUGAGAGGUUAACUGAGAGGGGAGUGAAGUUCAUCCAUCGGAAGGUGGAGUCUUUCGAAGAGGUGGCAAGAGGAGGCGCGGAUGUGAUUAUCAACUGCACCGGGGUGUGGGCCGGGGCUCUGCAAGCAGACGCCUCCCUGCAGCCAGGCCGGGGCCAGAUCAUCCAGGUGGAGGCCCCCUGGAUAAAGCACUUCAUCCUCACCCAUGACUCCAGCCUUGGCAUCUACAACUCCCCGUACAUCAUCCCAGGUUCUAGGACAGUUACACUCGGAGGUGUAUUCCAGCUGGGGAACUGGAGCGAGUUAAACAGCGUCCGUGACCACAAUACCAUCUGGAAGAGCUGCUGUACACUGGAGCCCACCCUGAAGAAUGCAAGAAUUGUGGGUGAACUCACUGGCUUCCGACCAGUCCGGCCUCAGGUCCGGCUAGAAAGAGAACGGCUCCGUUUUGGAUCUUCAAGUGCAGAGGUCAUCCACAACUAUGGUCAUGGAGGUUACGGGCUCACAAUCCACUGGGGUUGCGCGAUGGAGGCGGCCAACCUCUUUGGGAACAUUCUAGAGGAAAAGAAGCUGUCCAGGAUGCCUCCAUCCCACCUCUGAGGACUCUAGUGACCACCGCUUGCCCCAAGACGACAUCCCAACCCCUUCAGCCAGUUGAUAUGUUCCUUGAUGAUCCCCGCUCCCCAGCCCCUCCCCCAGCCCCUCCCCCAGCC